AUGGCUCCGCCUGCGCGAUAUCUCCAGGACCGGAGCUGUCCGGUCUUCGCGAUGCAAGCCCUGCCGGACAUUGCGAAAGACUGCCAAUGUCACGACAGCGUGCCCUACUGCUUCGAGGACGGCCGGCAGAUGUGCCAUCGCUCUGAUGGCAGAUUGGACCUGCACUACUUCGCUGUGGACUGCGAAUCUUGCAUUUGUGAAGAGUCCCAAGAUGCUGGAAGCAGGAGCACAUCCUUCGCAGGUCCUUCGGAGACUACCUGUUCGACGGCAGAUGGUGCGCAGGAAGUGGUGCUUGCGCCUGACGCUUCAGGCAAUUGCUUUUGCCCGGACGAGAGACCUCUAUGUGUGCUCCUACCGGGUGAAGAUCUUGGCUGUCUUGCAGGCCAUGUGCAGCCAGAGGCUGCCUCAGCCGCAGCUUUUCGGGCAGGAUGUGCGGCUGACAGCUGCUCGUGCCGUGCGGCAUGUCCAUCUUUUGCUAGCCGCGGCUAUGCCGACAGUGUUGGAGACUGCCAUUGUCCUCCAGAUUCGCCUUUGUGUUACGAAGAUGGGACGGCCGGCUGCCGAUCUUCGACCGGCAUGACCUCGUGGACCUACUUCUCAAGCACUUGUGGUGCUCGAUGCGAAUGUGUGGAGCAGCUAGAAGGCCAGUGUGACCCCAGGAACUGCUUGGAGACGGCGGACUGCAUCUUCUCGACUUGCAGGGACUGCGAUGUCUGUAAGGGGAUCACCAGGUGCCCGACAGCCCCUGGCGACGACAGCAUCACUUUGCCGGAUUGGAGUGGCAACUGCAGAUGCAAAGACCAGCAGGUGUGCUAUGAAGGCGGCAGCAUCACUCCUGGAUGUCCUGUGGCACCGGCUGGGCGCUCGCAAUUUUCGUUUCAGAUCAGCUGCAUCGAUUGCAUCUGUGACAAGCUGACAUCAUCUCCCGGCUCCGGCAACGUGAAAUGUCCAAGGUUUGCACGUGAGAAUCUCCCUGGCUGGUCUGGCGACUGUGUGUGUCCGGAUGACAUGCCGGAUUGUUACCAGAAUGGCAUCCGGUGGUGCUCCAGGACAGACGGCCAGCGCGAUCUCCACUAUUUCGACCCGGGUUGCCUGGACUGCGAAUGCCGAGCAGCCCUCACUUUGAACUCGACUGAAGAGGUGAAGCCCUGCCCAGACUUUGCGAAGUUCAGCUCCUCAAACACGUUCCAAAACUGCAUUUGCCCGGACAGCCGUCCGAUCUGCGUGCAGUCGGACGGCACGGUGGCUGAAGGACGAUCUGGACCAUAUUGUCAAACUGCACAGGGCUGGGAUUCCUCAACGGAGUUUCGUCAUGACUGUGCGACGUGCUCGUGCAUGGAAAGCGACGGAGAAGGCUCUAACCUGCCGGAUUUCCUCGCAGAGGAGCAACGAAGUGCGGAUGGUGUCACGUACAUCCGCCUGGAUCUGGUUCUGGAUCUCCGCCUGGUGAAUUCCCUCAACUCCUUGAACCAAUGGGACUUGGUGAUUGACGGAGUUUUGCUGACGGAUGCGGCCAGGCAAGCUCUUGCCGUGUCUGCAGCUUAUGGCCUGUCGCGGCCAGCGGCACCAGUCGUAGGUUAUUGCUGGGGGUUGACUGACGUCCAGGGCAGGACGAUUGACGGCGGAGACUUCGAAGAUGUGCGCGUGCAACGCUUGUACGCCGAACUUGGUGUCAUGUGGGCGUAUGCUCUCGAGAUCAGUGCCAACGGCACAGGCCGGCUGCUCGAGGAAGGACACCUGCCGGCCUUCCGCAUCCUGCAAAGCCUUCGCGCCAAGUCGCUGAAUGAGCUAACGAUCCACGAGCGCGAGCUGCUGUUGAGUUUGGAGACUUCUUUUCGUCCUGGGCGCUUCAAGCAGCACUUGGAUUUCGAACUUCAGCGGCUGCUCAACGAGACGGCGAGUUGGCACCCAACUCCAGGUGCGAUUCAGGCACCGCGCAUAUCUGUGAGCAGGGCCACAGCCACAGCAUCCUCGGAUUUGUCAGCGAUCCCAGCACUGUCGCUUGUGGGGCCCCUCGCUCCAGCUGCUCCAAGCAGACGGGAUCUGAGGGUGCCUGUUGACACCGUGCAGACAACAGCGAUGCCAGAAACGGAGGGGGAAGCUGAUGCAGCCAGUGAGUUUGACUUGCUGUCACUUCUUCCGAUGGGAAUCGCAAUUGUCUCAUCACUGGUUGGCCUUGUCUCCUUGUACUGCUUGGUGAAGUGGAUACGCCGCUGCCUGCGCCGGCGACGUGAACGACGUGCCGAGCAGGAUGCAGAUGGUGGCUCUGGCUCACCGAGGUCGCCGAAGGGUUCGCCACGCUCACCGCGGUCACCAAAGAACCCCAGCUCUCCAAGACACGCAGCUUCUCAAGAUGCCAUGACAGCAACCUCCAGCGGUAACACCGCAAAAGUGAAGCGCGCAGGCACGGCCUCCACAGAUUUGCGCAAGGGCACGUCGUCAGUGUUUGACAAGCCGAAGCGUGAGGAUGCGGGGAUGUCCCUGGCUGAUCGGCAAAGAACCGGUCAAAAAACCGUGAGUGCAGCUGCAAAAACGGUUGUGGGUGCAGCUCUGGAGACAGAUGGCGACGAUGGCAGUCCAAGGCAGAAGAAGGGCUUGAUGGGGCGCUUCCGAAGAGGCAAAGACAAGGGAGCAAGUCCAAGUCAAUCCCCUCGAGGCGGUUCUCCGAGGACCGGGGAAAGGAUCGCUCGAGGCGCAGAGAAUGCAGAAGCCGCUCACGUGAUCGUGAACCUAGCCGAAGGAGACGUCGCGAGAGCAAAAGUUACAGCCGGGGAGAUGAGUGUCGGUCUUGUAAACGUUCAUCUCUGCACUCUGCGCAUCUCGGAUCUUAGCUGCAUGCUUUUUCCGCGUCUUAUGGCGCAUCUUGGGCCGUGCUGCCCCUUGAGUUGCUGGGGGUUCUUUGGUGCAGACCCGCACAAGAGGAUGUCCUCGCCCAGCUCUGUCUUGAUUUUCUUGCACGGCAGCGGAGACACCGGCGAGGGUGUCCAGGGCUGGCUGCAUGCCAUCAGUGGUGGAGCUUUCGAGGCCACCCUGGCACGAGAAGGCAUCGCAAUGCAGUUCCCAACGGCCACAAGAAUACCUUACAGCUUGAUCGGUGGAAUGCCGCAGACUGUGUGGUUUGACCGCGUAGCUAUGGCGUACGAAGCGCCAGAAGAUGUGCCUGGCCUGAAGAGGUCAGUGGAGCUUGUUGACAAAGAGAUCGACAAGCUUGUGGAAUCGGGCGUUCCGUUGUCCAAGAUAGGGGUCGGUGGUAUGUCAAUGGGUGGCUGCUUAGCGUUGCAUGUAGCCUAUGGCAUGGGACGUUAUGCAGGAAGGCUGGGCAUGGUAGCAAGUUUAAGCACCUUCUUGCCCAAAGACAGCUGCCUGGACGCAGAAGCAGCUCGUCGCUUCGCCGCCUCCUCCUCGCCUCCGCUCUUCAUGGCACACGGCCAAGCGGACGGCAUGAUUCGGCUGGAAUGGGCGCGGGCCACUCACAGGCGUCUUCUCGCUGCAGGCAUCACAAGUAAGGAGCUCCUGGAAUUUCCGGAUGUGCAGCACGAGCUGUGUGCCGAAGAGGUCGGACUGCUGCGGAGCUUCGUGCUGGAGCACCUGAGCAAGACGACGGCGGCGAAGGAGGUAGAGGAACAUAGCAUCAGGUCUGGUUGUGAUAGUGAUUGCCGAGAAGUGCCGCAUCUGACAGAGCUUGCAACCGCAGCUCGGCUUUCGGAACUGCAGGCAGCUCGUAGCAACAGAAUGCAGGAGCCUGCAAUGUUGGCCGCGUGA